AUGGCGGAGAAGAGGCCAAACAUUCUCUACAUCAUGGCCGACCAGAUGGCCGCGCCGCUGUUGUCCAUCCACGACCCCAACUCCCCUAUUAAGACCCCCAACCUCGACCGUCUGGCCAGAGAAGGCGUGACUUUCGACAGUGCCUACUGUAACUCGCCUCUCUGUGCGCCCUCGCGUUUUGUCAUGGUCACUGGCCAGCUGCCAUCCAAGAUUGGCGCUUAUGACAAUGCCGCCGACUUGCCCGCGGAUGUUCCCACAUACGCUCACUACCUGCGCCGCGAAGGUUACCACACUGCGCUGGCUGGGAAGAUGCACUUCUGCGGCCCGGAUCAGUUGCAUGGCUAUGAGCAACGCUUGACCAGCGAUAUCUAUCCGGGAGACUAUGGCUGGUCAGUGAACUGGGACGAACCGGAGGUGCGUCCAGAUUACUAUCACAACAUGUCUUCAGUCAUAGAUGCUGGGCCUGUCGUGCGCACCAACCAACUCGACUAUGACGAGGAGGUCAUCUACAAGUCGACUCAGUAUUUGUACGACCAUGUGCGCCAUCGCGGUAAUCAGCCUUUCUGUUUGACUGUUUCCAUGACUCACCCUCACGACCCUUAUGCCAUGACCAAAGAAUUCUGGGAUCUGUAUGAGGACGUCGACAUCCCUCUGCCCAAAACGUCUGCCAUCCCCCACGACCAACAGGAUCCUCAUUCGCAGCGUGUCUUGAAAUGUAUUGAUCUGUGGGGCAAAGAGAUCCCUGAAGAGCGCAUCAAGGCCGCCCGCCGCGCAUAUUACGGGGCAUGUACAUAUGUGGAUACGAACAUUGGAAAGCUGUUGAAGGCACUCGACAACUGCGGUCUGACUGACGACACAAUCAUUGUCUUUACUGGUGACCACGGCGACAUGCUUGGUGAGCGUGGUCUGUGGUACAAGAUGGUCUGGUACGAGAACUCAGCCCGUGUGCCGUUCAUUGUUCACUCUCCCAAGCGGUUCGCCCCUAAGCGCGUCAAGGAGAAUGUAUCGACCAUGGACAUUCUGCCCACGUUUGUCGAUUUUGUUGGAAGCAAACUAGAGCCUAGUCUGCCCAUGGACGGUGUCUCCCUGCUCCCAUACAUCACUGGUGGUGAAGGCGUAAAGACUGACACCGUUUUUGGAGAGUACAUGGCUGAGGGCUCACAGACGCCGGUGAUCAUGAUUCGUCGUGGGAAGUGGAAAUUCAUCUACUCCUUGAUUGACCCGCCAAUGCUGUAUGACAUUGAAGCGGAUCCUCUGGAGACCACCAACUUGAUUGCAGGACUGUCCAUUCCAGUACCGAAGAGCAAGGACUCAAAGCUCAAGGGAGAGACUGGACUUCCCACCCCAGCCGACACCGAGGCACCGGGAGCUGUCAGCUUUGUCAGUACCGAGAAGUCUUUCUUCCCUAGGAUUCCAGCACAGGUGGUGCCAACCCCUCCGCGCACCCCGAGUCCGACACUGGCACUUGCUCUCCCUGAAGACAACGACCCAAAAACGGUUUAUGCACAUUUUCUCGAAGAGAUCCACACUCGUUGGAAUUUGCAGGCCAUCCAUGAGGAUGUUGUCCGAUCUCAGCGUCGUCGCCGCUUGGUCUACUCAGCUCUGAUCAAGGGUGUGCCCACUAUCUGGGACUACGAGCCUCGCAUUGACCCGAGCACUCAGUACGUGCGCAACCAGAGCAAGGGCGCUCUCGACGAUGUUGAGUUUAUUUCUCGAUGGCCGCGUGUGCCUACUAUCCCCAAAUAA